AUGUGUUUAUUAUUUAUUAUACAUAAUAUCAUAUGGGUAAUUAAGAAGGAAUAUGUUUUCUUUCUAGAGACAAAGAAUACCAUGUAUAAAAUAAUGAAUUAGUUAUAUUUCGUGAAUAUUUAAAUGUCAAAAUAACUGUAAAAUUAGGAGAUAUUUCAAUAGAAUCAGGUGAGAGUGUAAGUAAUAAAUAUAUCUCAUAUUUGAGUCUGCUUAUAUACAAAUCCUGAGAAAAUAUCUUUAUUAUCAACUUAUAAAAGAUAAGUUUAUGACACUCUUUGCAAAAGUUAUAACUAUUAGUAUAUUUUUAGUGGGUUUUGAAUAAGUCUACAUUAAAAAUUUAGAAAUGGGUAACUUUAAAUGUAUUACAUUUUAUAGAGUAGGAGUAUUCGAAGUAUAAAAUUAUCUUAUUUAUUUAGUCAGAAAAAGAUUUGUUUUAAUAUUAUAAUGGAUUCAAAGAAUGGUAUAAUAGUAAUAAUAAUAUAAAUAGUUUGACAUAAUUGAAUGAUGAUCAGUAUAAAGACAUUUUGAUUUGUGAUUGUCCCAUCAAAUUAAGUAGAUCCUUUAGUUCUGAAGUUCUUGUUAGAUCAGUUAUUGAGUAACAUAUUAUAAGACUACAUUAGUUUCAUUGAGGAAUCCAAUAAUCGACUUAAUAUUAAGAGUAUUACAAUAAUGAAUUGUGAUAAAAAGAGUGUAAUAUACCUUAAUUUAAUAAAGAGUCUCAUUUUCUUAAAUAUGAACUAAUCAAAUAAAUUGAAGAGUCUAAGUAACCAGCUUUAAGGAAAGAUAGACAAAAUAAAUUUAUGAAAUUUAUCACUUCAACUAAGAGUGUAACUUCAGAAAUGGGAAGAUAAAACAAAUGUGAUUUCAGUUUGAAAGAUUUUGAUUUAGGAGAUGAAUCCAAUUUAAUGAAUUUGAAAUAGG